UCACGAGAGAAGAAAUGGAGAUCGUUGCCAAUCUCUGUAAGAAACAUGAUGUGAUCUGUAUCGCUGACGAAGUCUAUGAGAUGUUCACAUAUUCUGACCAAGAGCAUAUCAAAAUGGCUACCCUCCCCGGCAUGUGGGAACGAACGGUUACCGUUGGAAGCGUCGGAAAACUGUUUGGCAUGACAGCCUGGGCGACAGGGUAUGUCAUUGGACCGGAGCACCUGAUUGAAAAAUAUCUACAGCGGGUCGUCAUACCCAUGAACACUGUUUUACAGGACGUAUACGCCCAGGCCUACCGCCAUGAACUGAACCGCCUCGACCAACCAAACUGUUUUUUCAAAGCACUACCAAGAGAAUUGAAGGCCAAGCGUGACCAAGUGAUGCAUAUCAUGUCGGGAAUUGGGCUCGAGCCUAUUGCACCUGAGGGUGGAUACUUUAUAUUCGCCGAUGUUUCCAAGUUCGACGACCAAUACUGUCAGGCUUCCGGAGACAAGGCGUCCAACUUUGCCUUAUGGCUCUGCAAGGAGAAGGGCAUUGGCGUAGCCCCAGCAUCAGUAUUCUACAGCACGGCGAACUCACAUCUUGGAGAAAACUAUAUUAGGAUCUGCUUUGUCAAGAGUGAGGCUACCCUCAAUAUCGCCGAAGACAGAUUAAAAGGCGUAAAGGUAUCAAGGAACAAUGACGAGAUUUGCAACGUUUUGGCCAAUGGCAAAGGCGGUUUGGCCAAUUGUAAAGAUGAUUUAGUCAAUGGCAAAGAAGAUUUGACCAAUAGCAAAGACGGUUAGGCCAAUGGCAAAAACGGUUUGGCCAAUGGCAAAGAAGAUUUGGCCAAUGGCAAAGACGGUUUGGUCAAUAGCAAAGACGAUUUGACCAAUGGCAAAGAAGAUUUGGCCAAUGGCAAAGACGGUUUCGCCAAUGGCAAAGAAGAUUUGGCCAAUGGCAAAGACGAUUUGGCAAAGU